UUGCGCCUCAAUUUUUAAGCCAGUGGGGAGGACACGAGCAUUGCGAAAGAAAGAAAAAAACGCCCCCCCCCCAAAAUUUAUCGUCCGGCGAGCCAUCUUCCCCUCCUAAAACCGGCACAGCGUGAGUCCUUCGCGCUACGGCGGUGAAAAUGGGGUCGACAAAUUUCGGAAACUUUGACGCCUUUUGCCGCGAUUCAACCUUACCGGUCUGCAAUGUUCUCUCGGAGACGCAAAAUCAGCAGGGGCAAUGGGGUGGCUGCCAACUACGAGGCAUCCCGCUACCCAAUGGCAAUCACCUGGGAAAUCUAGGAUCUAUAUUGCUCUGCGGCAUUGCCAUUGCUGUCUCGGCGCUGCUGAUAUUGCGCUCGGAAAAGAAGAAAGCCGCCGUGGGUCGGAGGGAAAUGCAAUUGUUCCUCUUGGGUUACAUAAUAAUCCAAAUAUGCGAGAUCUUUACUGUGGGAGAGUUUCCCCUCUCAGGGACGGUCCGUGUUGCUUUUACUGGGAUCCACAUUGGCAUGAUCCUUGCGACGACGUGGAUUCUGCUACUGAAUGCUGUCGUAGGAUACCAGAUCCUAGAUGACGGUACCCCUCUCUCUAUCGGGCUGAUGCUCAUCUCGGGUGCCAUCUUCUUCCUCGGUGCCGGUUAUGUCACGCUUGAUACAGGUUACCAUUGGACGACCGAGUUCAUCCCCGAUCCCAACGACCACUACCGAAAUAUCGCGCUUUACGUCCUCUACCAGCUGGCACCGCUCGUUUUCCUCGUCGCCUUCUAUGUUCUAGAGGCGAUACUCGUGCUGAGAAUCCUAGGCGAGAUCCGCCCGAUGAUAUACCUGACAGGCGCUGCUAUCCUGUUUGCGUUAGGACAGAUAUUCAACUACGUCAUCAGCCCGUACAUCUGCAACGGAACCACUGGCAAGAUCGACGGGGCGUUGUUUCAGACGCUCUUCACGCUUCUUUCCGUCGUGACGAUCUGGAUAUUCUGGUCUAGCAUCACGGAGGACGACUGGCCGAUUGCCAGCCAGCCGGCAACCUAUCCUUGAUGUUUUUUUUUUCUUUCGCUUCUUGUCACUCGUUUGAAUAGGGACUCGGAGUUCAGGUUUAAUAUACCCGUUUAUGUUCUUUCUUUCCUUUGUGGGCGGCAUCCCAUCAACAGAAGCCGCUGUGGAGAGACAGGUGCUGCGAGAAAAACAUGCCAUUGAGACCUAAUUUAUACGCAAAAAGCCAGAUAACGCCGGUGGUGGGCGCCGGUAGACGGGAGGGAAGGAGGCGUGCGAUAGGUGUUACGCGACAGGAGGCGACGCACGCGUAGCUGUGAAGG